AAUAAUGGGUAAGGAGCAAAAUAGGUUUGUGCUUUGUGCAAGCUCUUCAAUGGCUUUCCUUCUUCUUCUUGCUUGGCUUUAUGCUUCAGUUUUCUCUUCAGAUGUUACCCCUUUUGAGGCCUGGAAGCUACCAGGUUUUGGAAGUAGUCUCAGCAGCAAAAUGUCUGAUCAUGAAGCCAUUUUAGCAAAUUACUCUUUGGAUUUUCCAUUAAGAAGACUUGUUAGAGGCGACGACCGGAUUCAGCUUGAUACAACAGGAUUUGCUUGCCACUCUGACCUUUACUCUGAAUUAUGUAUUGCAAACAAAGAAGUUCGGAUUGACAACAAGAACUUGACAGUUUACAUUCCCUCUUCGCAAUCUCAAAUUAGCCGAAAGAAUAUCAAGCCAUAUCCAACUACAAAUCCAUUGCACCUUGUUACAUCAAUGCAGAUAGUCAAUGAAGAAACUAAUUUACCUGCUUGUGAUUUUAAUCACAAUGUCCCAGUUUUAGUUUUCUCCUCUGGAGGCUAUACAGGAAACUUGUUUCAUGAAAUGGAUGAACUUAUCAUUCCUUUGUUCAUCACUUCGCGCCAUUUUCGAUCCAACCUAAAGUUUGUCAUCACCGAUUAUAAGGCCUGGUGGGUGAACAAAUACAGCAGAAUUUUAAGCCGUUUGUCGCGGUAUGAGUUCAUAAAUCCAGCAGUAAAUGGUAGUGUUCAUUGCUUUCCUGGAGCUGUGAUAGGCCUCAAAUUCCAUGGCCUUUUAGCCCUUAAUAGAACUGAUAUUCCAGGCGGGUACUCAAUGUUUGACUUCAAGCACUUUCUAGCACAAACAUACAAUCUGAAACACAGAAAUGUUUUUGAAAUAAAGAGAGAAAAGCCAGUUCUGAUUUUGAUAUCCAGGGCAAAGACAAGAAGGUUUGUAAAUGAAGAUGAAAUGGUAGUUAUGAUGGAGGAAUUGGGAUUUGAAGUUGUGGUGACAAGGCCUAACAGGAUGUCAAAUUUGAACAAGUUUUCUGAGCUACUGAACUCAUGUAGUGUCCUGGUGGGAGCUCAUGGUGCUGGCAUGACAAAUGAAGUGUUUUUACCAGUGGGUGCGGUCGCCGUGCAGGUGGUGCCACUUGGGUUGGACUGGGCUUCAACUAACUACUUUGGUGAACCAGCAAGAGAAAUGGGUGUGAAAUACUUGGAGUACAAGAUUGAACCAGAAGAAAGCACUCUUUUUCAGACUUAUGGGAAAGAUCAUGUAGUUGUUACUGAUCCUCAAUCUAUAUUUGCCAAGGGUUACCAAGCUGGCAGGGCUGUGUAUAUUGAUGAACAGAAUUUGAAGAUUAAUGUAGAGAGGUUUAGAGGGACUCUUGUUCAAGCAAAACAACUUAUUGAAGACUAA